CGUGUGAGGGCGGACUAACUACCUUCGCUCAUUUGUGUUAAUUGUUUUGUUUGUUUUUGUUUGUGCCACUUCUUGCUUCCAAACCGCUGAAGGCAAUCGAUAGCCUUAAGUCCUUAAGUGGGACUGAGACCUAAUGUGUUUGCUGGUGUGAAACUUAAGUGCUUCAAUACUAGUGUGACGAUUGCAGUGACCUAUGAUUUAUCACCCGUGGUUGUUACUGUUGUUUAGGGUAUUAUUGGACUAUAUGAUUAGUCGUAUUUUGGGAGUGUAAAUAUGGUCUUUAUACUGUCUGGCUGUUAAGUUGUUACAUCUGCCUUGAGUGAUCAGAUGUCCUGAUGAUGCAAUGCUGUAACACAUCUUGAGAAUCUUUUAAACAUAAUGUGAUGUGGUUGCCAUGACAGUGCAUCUUGUUUAAAUUUAGCCAGACUGAAUCUGUUAUUUAAAUUAAAAUUUCCACUGCCGACAUUUGUCUGUGUCCCAACAAUAUUUCACAAUGCCAUCCCAGACUAACACCAAAGACAAAAGCGAGAAGCAGAGAAAGGACAAUAAGCCAGAGGAGGAGAUGCCCUUGGCUCAGCCAACCAAGACUGAAGGCGAAACCAAGGAGACGGUUGAGGAGAAGUCGCCCGCAGUGUUGGAUAGGCCUCCAACAGCAGAAAAGACCAUGGACGAGCAGUGGAAGGAAUGUGUAAGCCUCCAAGAGGAACUCGAGACGGACUGGAAGCAGAAGAAGCACUUUAAGAUACAGAGGGACAAGACCCAUAGAUCCUUUGACAACUCCAAGAGAAACCUGGAGGAGAACAAGGCCAGGAUUAGAGAAAACCUCAGGUUGAAACAGAAGGACGAGCAAUGCUGCCAAACAGAAAUUGAAGAGCACAAGCAGAAGCUGAAACAAUUGGAGACUGCACACCACAGUGAGAUUUGUGAGCUGAAGGUGGCCGCCAUCGCCAGGACCUCAAAGACCCAGAAAGAGCAUGUGGAGUCAGAGGUCAAGCUUCAGAAGAAAAUGUGCAACUUACGGGUGGACCAGGGAGAGAGAGAGUCCUGCAUCAAAAUCUACACUGGGAAACUCAAGCAGAAACAACAGGAUGAAUUAAGGGAACUAAAUGAGAGCUACGAAAAGCAAGUCAGAGAAAUGGAGGCCAAAUAUAUGAACAAAAUUAAUAUCAUGGCUGAAGAGAACCACCAAAGUACACAAAUUGAGGUCAAUGAGAUCGACAAGAGAGUGAAAAAGCACACUCUACGUGUUGUAGCGGAGCAUGACAAAGUCUGGGAGGAUUUCAACGAGUUCAACAAAAAAAAACAUAAUGUCUGCUUGGAAAAGGAGAAACUUGUGAGACAAGUUGUGAAGAAAAAGGACAAGCAAGUGGAUGGUACAAUGGCAGCAGCUGUGCAGGAGAACAAAUGCCUGACAGAGACUCUGCAGGAAAUGGAGCCAAAGUUAUGUGAGAGCCGCCAGCAGCUGGCCGCCCAGAGAAAAGCCAUGGCCGAGAGUUUGAAGAAGGGGAGUAAAAUGAAUGCACAGAUAUUUGAGGAGAGAUGUGACCUGUAUUUGAAGCACCAGCAGUUGGAGAUGAAACACAGAGAGUCUCAGCUGGAGUUCGACGAGCUGCAGAAGAGGCAGAGCCAGGUCGCUCUGGGCAUGCAGCAGAAAAGUGGCCUGAAGGCCUUGUUUCUGGAGAGGAAGAUAAAGGCAGUGACAGAAAUUCAAGAGAAGGAGCAGCUUAAACUCUGGGUGGUGCUCGCCUUCGGACAGGGAGUCCAAACGGCUGCAAAAAACAUUAAGGAACUAUUUGUGUCCAAAGACGCCACCAUCAAUGACUUGAUGGAUGACUUGUCUCGAGAUUUAAAGGAGUAUGACAACUUGGUUAAGAAAGAGACGACUUUGGACAUCUCUGUGGGCAAGUGGCUCCCAAGGGGUGACAUCAAAAAAUGCAUCAGGAAUGCCUUGGAGGAUAAGGUUCCUCUAUAUCAAAAGAACUUUGAGGGCUUGAUGCAGGAACUGACGGCUUUGUGCAUCUCUGAAGACAACUCUGUCCUCAAGGACGCCCUGGGACUGAACCCUGCUGGCACUGCAUCCAGAUAGUGAACUCCUGCAGCUCUCAGUGUUAGGAGCCUGAGGCUUGCAGGCUCUGGUCUGUGCUGAGGCUGCAGGGAAUCGACUCUUUUUAUGUCUGUUUUCCAGGAGCUUCUGAGUGGCCUCAGAUGUCUGAUGGCCGUGCUGCAUCAGUUUAAAACAUUUCACACUUUAAAUCACUUUAUCUUCUCCAUGGUUAUUGCAGAGAACGUCACCAUCAACACCAGUAUAUUUAACACUGAUGGUAAAUGUGGCUGUGGUAGAUAAUUUAUCAAUGUAUUUAUCAGUGAAACAUUACUUUUUUAAAGUCCUUUGCUUGAUUACUUUUUAAUCUUAGUACUAAUCCUUUCAGUUUUGUUGAAGAUGAUAGAUUGAUAUUGUAGAUAAAAAAAAUUUUAUUUAUGUA